AAGUUUUGAAGUUUCUGGGGCGUUGUACAGCGGGGAGGCGUUGCACUUCCUGUCACACAAGAGGCUCCCAGUUCAAAAUGAAAUUUCGCUGUUGAUGAGCGGGAGUUAAUGCGAUUUGUACCCUAUUGCUGCUAAAAUGUUGCUGUAUUUGCACUUGCUGUUGUUCUGUUUAAUCCCCGUUGACCGGGGGGAUUUCUCUCCUCCGCGUUUCAAUGUGAGUUUGGAGGUGCCGCCCGAGCAGCGCUGGGGGCCGGUGCUGAAACAUUACGAUGCGGCUCAGCUUCGAAAGAUCGUACAGCGAGUAAUCGACGCUGCUCCAAAGUGGCUGAGUUUCAUCAUUGAACGGUUUGAAAACCAGCUCGGCCAGAUAUUACCACAACCCUAUGAAGCAGAAAUACAAGGAAUGGCUAAAGCCCUCAAUUUAAGCCUUGGAGAAGGACUUCUUAUUAAUCUUGCUUAUGAACUUUCUAGCUUUUGCACCAGUAUAGUUGUCCAAGACACAGAAGGAAACAUUUACCAUGGUAGAAAUCUGGAUUUUGCAUUCAGUGAUGCUUUAAGAUCUCUCACAGUUGACCUACAAUUUAUCAAGAAUGGUCAGAUCGUCUACACAGGAACAACAUUUGUUGGCUUUGUAGGUUUAUGGACUGGACAAAGACCAAAUAAAUUUACCAUCUCUGGAAAUGCAAGAGUCAACAGAGAUUGGUGGAAAAUUGCCGUUGCUGUUCUUUUCCAAAGAAGUCUUCCACCCAGCUGGUUGAUUAGAGAUACUUUGCUAGAAGCCGAGGACUUUCACACAGCUUUGAAGAAGUUAACCUAUUCGCCAAUCACUGCAAAUGUAUACUACAUUUUGGGUGGAGUUCGACCAACUGAAGGUGUGAUUAUAACAAGAAGUCUAAAUGGGCCUGUUGAUAUCUGGCCUUUGAAUCCGAUGAAAGAACAGUGGUACAGAGUGGAAACAAAUUAUGAUCACUGGAAUAAUCCUCCACCAUCUGAUGACCGAAGAACACCAGCUAUGCAAGCUCUCAAUGCUACAGGCCAAAAUAACAUCAAUUUGCAUGCAUUGUUAAAGGUUCUUACUGUUAAACCAGUAUUGAAUAACUUCACUAUCUACACAACAUUAAUGUGUGCAGCUCAACCGUAUUACUAUAGGACGUUAGUUCGGACCUAAAGCAGAAUACAGUGGAAGUUGGCAAAGAUUAACACUUGAAGCGUUUGCAGUGUUGAAUUAGAAGAUAAAGCAAUCAAGGCAUAUUAGGUGUUUUUUUUGUCAGUUUUGUACGUUACGUGACACUUUUUUAAAAACCUUAUACAUACAUGGUAACUGUGUUUUCUCUGCUUUCCACUGGACCUUUUCCGAAGCUUUUGGUUUGGAAAGUUUACAAAUCAACUUGUAGAUUUCAAACUAAAUUCCUGGUAUGAUCCAGGAGAUUUCUGAUUUUGAUUUUGAUUUGAUGUUGGCAAGUAUCUUGAUCAGUUUUUUUAAAUACACAACUAAUUUAGAAGAGAUUUGAAAUUGAAUUCUAAAGCCAUCAGAUAGGAAUUAAUGCAGCAUCAAUAAUCAGCUGAAAAAUACAGAAUUUUUAUCAAUGAAGUUUAAUAAAUCUGAAUGUCUGGAGAA